UCAUCAUCGCUGUAAUUAAAAAGAAAUCUUUUAAACCAGUGCCCACUUGCAUGUUUGUAUUGUCGGGCAGGGACCCGGUGCCUCAGGCCGCUGGACCUCGUACACCCUGCUGCCCUAUGAUCACUGCCUAAUUGCCCCCCCCUCUUUAGCGUGUCAUGUGGGCUCGCCUAACUUUCCUGUCACUUAAACCCCAUCACCUGCUUGAAUGUUAAUAAUGCCAGUUCAUACGGAUGAGCAGCGCCUUUUAUUCUCAUGUCGGUACCCCUGCAUUAUGCUCUAUGAGUAGCAUGGUACCCCAUAGUAGCCAGCUCCCUGUGCCUACUGGCAGCCAAUAGAGAUCUCCCAGUGACAUACUGCUGCUGUGCACCAAAUCCAGCUUCCUGCCCCGCUACCCCAGGAAUGAGUAUAGAAAUCCCGGAGGGGCUGACGGAGCUACUGCAGAGCUUUACCGUGGAGGUGUUACGAAAACAGCCCGAGGACCUGCUGGAAUUCGCCUUGCAGUACUUCACCCAGCUCAAGCAGUCUAAGAGUCAGGGCGGCCCCCUCAGCCAUGGCAUGGAAUUACCUUUCAGGCUCACUAAAGGGGUCAUUUUCGCCGAGGAGCCCAUGCAGACUGACUCUGAAAACGGCGAGGAGGAGGAGGAUGACGAUGAAGAGGAUUUUGUGGCUCCAGUGAUAAACAGAUUUUCAAGAAGAGCAUCAGUGUGUGCAGAAGCCUACAACCCAGAUGAAGAAGAUGAUGACACUGAAACAAAGGUAAUAUAUCCAAAAACAGAUGACCAGCGGAAUCGACUUCAAGAAGCUUGCAAAGAUAUUCUUCUGUUUAAAAGUUUAGAUCAAGAACAGAUGUCUCAGGUAUUAGAUGCAAUGUUUGAAAAACUCGUAAAAUGUGGAGAACACGUAAUUGAUCAGGGUGACGAUGGAGACAACUUUUACGUAAUUGACAGAGGAACCUAUGAUAUUUUUGUAAAAUCAGAUGGAGUUGUGAGGUGUGUUGGUGCCUAUGAUAAUCGUGGAAGUUUUGGGGAAUUGGCAUUAAUGUAUAAUACACCUAGAGCUGCUACAAUUGUUGCAACAUCUGUUGGUUCCAUAUGGGGUUUGGAUAGGGCAACUUUCCGAAGAAUUAUUGUAAAAAACAAUGCCAAAAAGAAAAGGAUGUAUGAAAAUUUUAUAGAAUCAUUGCCCUUCCUGAAGUCAUUAGAAUUUUCAGAACGUUUGAAAGUGGUUGAUGUCAUUGGCACUAAAACAUACUACGAUGGAGAACAAAUCAUUGCUCAGGGUGAUGGAGCAGAUAGUUUUUACAUUGUUGAAUCUGGAGAAGUGAGAAUAAAUAUGAAAAGCAAGAGCAAGCCAGAUGCUGAAACAAAUGAAGCUGUUGAGAUCGCUCGCUGUACCAGAGGGCAGUAUUUUGGAGAGCUAGCCUUGGUAACCAACAAACCUAGAGCUGCUUCAGCCUAUGCUGUAGGAAACGUCAAAUGUCUUGUCAUGGAUGUGCAGGCUUUUGAAAGACUCCUGGGACCAUGCAUGGAGAUAAUGAAAAGAAAUAUUGCAAACUAUGAAGAACAGCUUGUUGCUCUCUUUGGAACAAAUAUGGACAUUACUGAUCCCAGCACAUGAAUGGCGAACACAGAAGAGGUUGGGAAUGAGCAUGAGCAAAGAAGUGGUCAGACCACUGAAGAUGUGUUGAUUAUUUUAUACAGAUGCAAAGCAUUUAUGUGAUUUUUUAUGAGCCCCUUAAGCCAACCCAAGUUUAUAAUUCUGCCAUUAAGCAAAGAUUACUAUUGAAAUUAGUUUUUGCAUUUGUCUGCUAGCCAAACUUAGGAUCCUUAAAUCUAAACUAUUACAGGGAUAGGCACCCAGCUUUUGCAGAAUUUCAACAGUGCUUCUGUGUGUGAUAGUAUGGAACAUCUGUAGCACAAGUGAUCAACACAAAAUAUAACUGUUGUAUUAAGUCAUAAAUGAUAUAUUGGCUAAAACUUCUCUGGAAAUGCAACUGCAGAAUUAAAAUGAGUUGCCAGGAAUUUAAAUCCUGUAAGUUUUAUUAGAUACGCAUAAAAAUGCAAUUGCAUAUAAAUUCAGAUGCUAGGCAGCACUAAUGUCAGUUUGUACAUUCAUUUUUAAUUUCUAGUAUGGGUUUUUACCAUAAAUACUGGUGGACACACAUUAAUAUAAUGUUGAUUAUGCUGCAAAUUCAGUAGAAUGAUGCUUUCUUUAAUAAUACAUCCUGAAAUCUAUCAAUGUUAAUGAUCCUAAAAUGUGUAAAUUAUCUUUUAUCUGGAACUCUUUUAACCAGAAAGCUUUGCAAAACCACAAUGGCAGUGUUUAAAUAAAACUGUUCUUCAUUUUUAAAUGA